AUUCCUGUAGGCGCCCUUCUCGCCUUGCGCUCUCUCCAGGUCGCAGUUUGACGCACUCGGGGAGGACCAGCCUGCCUGACCACUGACACUCUCAUCUGGAGAUAUAAAGACAAACUUUACAUUUCCAGACUGCGGUGCUCUCGGUGGUUCACCUUCAGUGUCGCCUCAUCUACUGUAUUUGCCUAUUUAAAUAUUCAAACUCUGUCAUCAACGGAGAGCAAGCAGUUUGGGAAUCAAGGACUGGAGGGAGGAUAUAUGUUUAAAGCUGUUGAUGCGGGAUACAGCUUUCAGUCAGGGUAGAAGAGGAGAAGGAAUACGCUACAGUAUCAACUGGAUAGCUUUGGAUAAAGUUUUCUGAAGUUCCCUUGGCGUCUGGGAUUAACAUGGGUACCUUGCGUGACCUCCAAUACGCGCUUCAGGAGAAGAUUGAGGAGCUGCGGCAGCGGGACGCGCUCAUUGAUGAGCUAGAACUGGAGCUUGACCAGAAAGAUGAACUGAUACAAAAACUACAGAACGAACUGGAUAAAUACCGGUCCGUUAUCAAACCGGCCACCCAACAGGUCGUCAAACAGACCGAGCUGCACGAGCACCAACGAACUAAGAGACAGGCGAUAUCUGCCGAACCCACCGCAUUCGACAUCCACGAUCUUAGCCAUGUCACGCUGCCUUUCUACCCCAAAAGUCCACAGUCUAAGGACCUGAUCAAGGAAGCCAUAUUGGACAAUGACUUCAUGAAGAACCUGGAGCUGUCUCAGAUCCAGGAGAUUGUGGAUUGCAUGUACCCUGUGGAGUAUGGCAAAGACAGCUGUAUCAUCAAGGAAGGUGACGUGGGCUCACUGGUCUACGUCAUGGAAGAUGGUAGGGUGGAGGUGACAAAGGAGAGUGUGAAGCUGUGCACCAUGGGACCUGGGAAGGUGUUUGGGGAGCUGGCCAUCCUCUACAACUGUACCAGGACAGCAACUGUCAAGACUCUCACCAAUGUGAAGUUAUGGGCCAUCGACCGACAAUGCUUUCAGACUAUCAUGAUGAGGACGGGCCUGAUCAAACACACCGAAUACAUGGAGUUUUUAAAAAGUGUUCCAACGUUCCAUGAACUUCCGGAGGAGAUACUAAGCAAGCUGGCWGAUGUCCUUGAGGAGACACACUAUGAGGAUGGAGAGUACAUCGUCAGACAGGGAGCCACGGGAGACACCUUCUUCAUUGUCAGUAAGGGAAUGGUGAAUGUGACCAGGGAAGACAAGCCCAGCGGGGAUCCUGUCUACCUCCGCAGCAUGGAGAAAGGAGACUGGUUCGGAGAGAAGGCCCUGCAUGGGGAGGACAUCAGGACAGCAAACAUCAUCGCUGCAGAGGCCGUUACAUGUCUGGUCAUCGACAGAGACUCCUUCAAGCACCUGAUUGGAGGGUUGGAGGAGGUGUCCAGUAAAGGCMGUGAGGAUGCUGAGGCCAAGGCUAGGUACGAAGCAGAGAACGCUUUCUUCUCCAACCUCAAUCUGCCUGACUUCAACAUCAUUGACACACUGGGGGUUGGUGGCUUCGGCCGCGUAGAGCUGGUCCAGCUGAAGAGUGAUGAAUUGAAGACCUUUGCCAUGAAGAUCCUGAAGAAGCGUCACAUCGUGGACACGCGGCAGCAGGAGCAUAUCCGCUCUGAGAAACUCAUUAUGCAGGAGGCCCAUUCUGACUUCAUUGUCAGACUGUACAGGACAUUUAAGGACAGUAAGUAUCUCUACAUGCUGAUGGAGGCUUGUCUGGGAGGAGAGCUGUGGACCAUUCUUAGAGACCGGGGUUCGUUUGAGGACUCCACCACCAGGUUCUACACAGCUUGUGUGGUGGAAGCAUUUGCCUACCUYCAUUCCAAAGGCAUCAUCUACAGAGACCUCAAACCAGAGAACCUUAUACUGGACCACAGGGGCUACGCCAAGCUAGUGGACUUUGGCUUUGCCAAGAAGAUCGGGUUUGGGAAGAAAACGUGGACGUUCUGUGGAACACCAGAAUACGUGGCACCAGAGAUCAUUCUGAACAAAGGCCAUGACAUCUCAGCUGACUACUGGUCUCUAGGAAUCCUCAUGUUUGAGCUCCUSACCGGCAGCCCUCCCUUCUCUGGCCCUGAUCCCAUGAAGACCUAUAACAUCAUCCUGAGGGGCAUUGACAUGAUUGAGUUUCCAAAGAAGAUUACCAAAAARGCUGCCAACUUAAUAAAAAAACUAUGCAGGGACAAUCCUUCAGAAAGACUGGGAAACUUGAAAAACGGUGUUAAAGACAUCCAAAAACACAAAUGGUUCGAGGGCUUUAACGGGGAAGGUCUACGGAAGGGAACUCUGACACCCCCUAUCAUCCCUAAUGUGACAUCAUCGACGGACACGAGUAACUUUGACAACUUCCCAGAGGACAAUGAAGACCCGCCCCCAGAUGACAACUCUGGCUGGGACAACGAUUUUUAAACGUCACCCCCCCCCCCCC